AUGAAGAAAACUGCUGUGACCUUCGUGCUGCUUUGCGGCCUCACUGUCAUCCUGCAACAGGAAGGUGUCUUCCCAACAAUCGCUGCAGAGGAGGUUCAAUCUUCCCAUGAAUCAGCGGGCCUUGCGGCGGAAGCGAAGCCAGUGCCUCCGACCUCGGGAACAUCCCUACCGCCGCCCUUCCCAUCACAGGCUUCCGAAAGCCCCACUGCAAACGCCCAGGUUUCUCCAAUUACCUCAAAGCCUGUGCCCAAUCCCAUUCCCACUCCCGCGCCACUUCCACCGCCACCACCACCGCCGCCUGCGCUUCCGUCGCCACCUCCCUUGCCGAUCCCUCCUACAUCUGCACCCACGGUGCCACCGGAUAACACGUCUGAUACGGCCUCGUCCUUCUGCAGCGAGUGGGGGCCCUGGAGGUUGGAAUGGUCGGACGACUUUAUUGGAGACCGUUUGGAUCCCACCUACUGGCAGAUGGUGACCAGCCAAGGAGGGUACAAGGACAUUAACUUCGGCGUGGCGGGCUUGAACAUCACUGCUUGCCGCUGUGCCGCGUGUCGCGAGGAGAACGUCCGAGUUCAGGACGGCCAGCUCAAACUCAAGUCUGAGCGCGACCCGCAAAUCGCCAGAAGGUAUUACUCUGCGGCCGUCACCACGAAAGAUCGCAUUGCUUGGUCAAACAAAGAUGGCCCUUUUC